UUCAACGUUGCUGACACAGUGUGACGUUUACUCGAUAGGAAAACAUAACAAAUUGAAGUCUUUAUCAAACAACACCGAUUUGUCAUCUGAAAUAAAAUUGUGAUUUUUCUAACAUUCUAAAUUUGGCGUUUUGUGUUUGAUUUGAGUUUUGACAAUGACAUCGAUGUUCGAUCAGUAUAAUACGGCGCUAAAGCGUGAGCAACCGUCCAGUAGCCAAAUGAUAAAUGCAGCACUAACCAGUUCGGGUGGCUAUGUAAGUGUGCCGAAGAAAGAAGAAACACCCAUUUUUUCAAAGCGAAAAGUGCCAAUCAAUUUACCGCAAGACAUCCUCUUCACCCGAGUUUGCAACAAUUGGCUGGUCAUUUUGAUGUCACACAAUGUCCUGCUGCGAUUGUAUUUGCAACAAACAGACCGUCAAGAUGAGGUUUUCCUUGAGAAACAUCUCACCGGGCUACGUGUGUCGAAUAUUUUUUUGGAUCCAACCGGAAAUCAUUUGCUCAUCGCGUUAGCUACAAAAUGUCCAGGCUUCGUACCAGAGCUAUUGUAUUUGCAUCGCAAAAGCAACAGACCAAAGAAAAUCGAAAAGUUCCGUGAUCACGAAAUCACUGCCGUCGCUUUUAACUACACGAACCAGUCGGAAACAUCAACGGGCUCAAUUUUGAUUGGCACGACCAAGGGAUUGAUUUUUGAAACGGAACUGGGUAUCGAAGGUGAAAAAAUGUUCCAAAGCAAUUGGAAACAGGUCUUUGAUAUCGGAAAAGGAGAGCAUUGUCCCAUAACAGGCAUUGAAUUCCAUAAAGCGCCCAACACUAGUCGAUACAUCGUUCUCGUUUCAACCGUUAAUCGACUCUAUAAGUUCCAUGAAAAUCUACGAGUGGACGAAAAACCACCAUAUUUACAGCACAUUUUUGCAUCAUAUCUAAAUGUACCGGAGGACAUAAAGGAUUUCCAUCAAAUACCCAAUAAAUUGAAAUAUUCGAAGUUGAGUCUCAAUUACGACAAAUCGGUGAAAUUUCCGAAAAGUUUCGGUUGGCUAACGGAUAUUGGAAUAUACACGGGCGAGAUUGACCAGCAGGCCGAAUCGCCACAAUUCAUUCUAACCGAGGAAGUGGUUCCAUUUCCCGAAACGCCGGCGGAAGAGUCGAUUGAUGUGCACAGUGCGUCUUAUACGUCAAAGACCAGAAAACAAGUUUAUCCGAUUUCGUUCAUCUUAACCGAUUUCCAUGCACUACUAUUAUACGCAGAUCAUGUGACAGCCGUCUCUCUACUCAACUAUCAAGUUGUGUAUGAGGAGUAUUUCGCAGAUCAGCUGGGCAAAUUUAUUGAAGUUUCUCGAGAUAUACAGACGGGUGCAAUUUUUGCUUGCACUGGCCGAAGUAUUUUCCGUUUCAAGGUAACAAAUGAGCAUCGCCAUGUUUGGCUGCUGUAUUUGGAGAAGAAUGAAUUUGAGUUGGCCAAAUUGUAUUGUCAAGACAAUGCUGCCCAUUUGGAUAAGGUUCUAGUGAAGCAAGCCGAACUGAAAUUUGGUUAUAAAGAAUAUAUGGAAAGUGCACGCAUUUACUCGGAAACACAGUCCAGUUUUGAAGAUGUUUGCUUAAAAUUCAUGGAGAUCAAUGAAUACGAUGCGUUGCUUGUUUUCUUGAAGAAUCGUCUCGACCGAUUGGAUCCACAAGACAAAACUCAAAUAACGAUGCUUGUGGUGUGGAUUGUUGAACUUUAUCUAACACAAAUGGCUCGUUGCUCAGAGCAACCGGCCAAACUUCGCAAGUAUCAAACGGAAUUUGAUGAGCUCAUGAAAACGACCAAAGUUGUGGAGUGUAUUCGAAAUAAUCGCACGGUUAUUUACGAUUUGAUGGCUUCACACGGCGAUAAUUUUAACUUGAACACGUUAACCGCGGUGAAUAAGGACUUUGAGUCCGUGUUGGAUCAGUAUAUAAAUCAAGGGAAAUAUAAAGAGGCAGUCGCCGUACUCAAUCGACAGACGAAGCCAGAAUUGUUCUACAAAUAUUGUCCAAUGCUGAUGGAGGAAAUUCCAAGAGACACGAUUGAUGCUAUCAUUGCCCAGGGCAGACGCCUCAACCCAAUUGAACUGCUACCAACAUUCAUUUGUCAAGAGACAGAAUCGCAGCGGAAUGAAUCGAUUCGAUACAUGGAAUUCUGCACGGGUUCACUCGGAUGCACCGAUCAAGCGAUACACAAUUUCCUAGUGAAAUUGUACACGCAACAUAGAAGCGACAAAGUCAUGACCUAUUUGGAAUUACAAGGAAAGGACAUUUCUUUGGUGCAUUACGACAUUCAUUACGCACUCAGAGUUUGUGCUGAACAUAAUGCAACGCGAGCGUGUGUAUUCUUGCAAUGUCUGCUUGAACUAUGGCAUCCAGCCGUUGAAUUGGCUUUAACAUUUGACACGAAAUUGGCUCAGCAAACAGCGUCACAGCCCAGUGACCGUGAACUGCAACGUAAACUGUGGUUGUUGAUUGCCGAGCAUGAAAUCAAAGGCAAAAAUGAUGUCAAACCAGCACUUGAGCUGCUGAAGGAAUGUGAUUUACUGAGAAUAGAAGAUUUGCUUCCGUUCUUUGAUGAUUUCCAGAAAAUUGAUCACUUCAAGGAAGUCAUUUGUGAUGCACUUAAGGAGUAUAAUGCGAAAAUCCAAGAGCAGCGCAUUGACAUGGAAGAGUCAGCCAAGUCGGCUGAACGCGUGCGAAAUGAUCUACAAACAUUCCAUAAUCGAUCGAUAAUCAUUGAUGGACAAGAAUUGUGUGCAAUUUGCAGUGAAUACUUGCUGGUGAAACCAUUUUUCAUAUUUCCUUGCGGACACAAAUUUCAUCACGACUGUUUGGAGCAUCAAAUUAUGAAACAUUUGAGCAAUGAGCAUAUAAUCCGUUUGUCGGAGCUGAAACAACAAUUACAAACUCUGAGCUUAAAUCUUACUGUAACCGGCCAAACAGAAACAACGAUUGUCAACGGAGGAGGAGCUGCAAACUUGUCGCAACGUGACAACAUCAAAAAUGAAAUUGAAAAUAUCCUGGCUGCCGAGUGUAUGUUCUGUGGCGAGAAUAUGAUAAAUCAGAUCGAUAAGCCAUUCAUCGAAGACUGGGAUCGUGUGAAUCUCGAUUGGCAGUGACGACUUCCACUGUAUUAUUCUAAGAGCCUUUUCAUAAUUCCUAUAACCUUAAAGGAACUCAAAUAAAAAACAAACAGUUACUUGAUUUAAAAAAA